CUCAAAACACCGUUCUCUUUCAUUCUCACCUUCAUCAUCAUCUCUCUCUCUUUCUCUUGCUUCUGUUUCUUUGAGGAGAUGAGAACUUUAAACACUCAAAGCACAAGUGGGAGAAGAAGAUGCGAUAAGUUCAAAAGUAGAAGGGCACAUGUGUUAGGCCCGUGCUGCGGAAAGGGUAGAAUCGACGGAGGGAAGAAGGUACCGGAGAAGCUCCGAGCGUUGCAGAGCCUUCUUCCUGCACCGGCGAAGCUGAGUGAGUCGGAGAAUGUAGGUGGUGGAGAGACGGAUCAGCUGUUUCAAGACACGGUGGAUUAUAUCGUCCGGCUUAGAACACAAGUCGUGGUGUUGAAGAAACUGAUCGAGAUUUACGACAACGCCUCUGAUCAGAAGAGAGAAGUUGUUUUAUAAUGUUCAUUUAUAUUUUAAAUAUUUCUUUAGUUUGAUUAUUUCAACUUUUUUUUUUCCUGUUAUGCUUAUUAUUUUUGUGAUCAAAAUGUUUUUUUUUUGUUAUGGUAGUCAUGAAUGUGUAUAAUGCGUUGAUUUCAAGAAAGAAGUAUUGAUAAAAUUGAUAACCUUGUUUUAAUUUAUAUGU